AGUGUCAGAGUGGACGUGAGGAUGGGACACACUUUGUUUGCUGUGUUGGGGCUUUUCUUGCUGAAUAUUCUCCUCUACUGUGGACACGCUGAAGAUGUUCCUCAGUCUGUCCUCACAGUGUCUCCAUCAUGGCCGAGUCCUGGAGACUCAGUGACUCUGACCUGCAGUGUUGAACCUCCGUCUGCAGGAUGGAGGUUCUUCUGGUAUAAGGCUACUCCCGAAAUGUAUUUCUUCUUCUAUACCUCCUCCUACAUUUCUGAGCUUCUACCUGGUAACACCACUGGGACUGAACAGGGUUCCUACAUUCUUCAUGGACAGACACAUACAGCAGGAUAUAAGUGCAGAGCUAGAAGAGGAGAGCCUGUCAUUUACACUCAGUAUAGUGAUGUGAAGUUUGUCUGGUCUGGAGGUGUGAAUCCAGCAGCGUCUCUCACAGUGAGUCCUCACAGACUGCAGCACUUCAGCAGAGAGUCACUGUCACUGAGCUGUGAGGGAAACUCUACUAAGUGGAGAGUGAUGAGGGCUGAUGAAUCUGGCUUCAUGUCACCCUGUUCUAUCUGGGGUAAAAUUACUGGAUCCACAUGCAACAUCAACACUAGAGCGAGUAGUGGAGUGUACUGGUGUGAGUCUGAAACACAGUACAGCAAUGCAGCCAACAUCACUAUACACAGUGGUGAUGUCAUCCUGGUGAGUCCUGUCCGUCCUGUGACUGAGGGACAUUUGGUCACUCUUGGCUGCAAGUUGAGGAAAGAAAACCUUCUUUAUAAUGUGGAUUUCUAUAAAAAUGACAAACUCGUCCCAAAUGCUGUCAGAGGGGAGCUGCUUAUCUCUGCAGUUACUAAGUCAGAUGAAGGCUUUUAUAAAUGUAGAGGAUGGAAAUCACCUCAAGGUUUGGAGACUUUGACCUCAGCAGAGAGCUGGUUGUCAGUGAAAUAUCCUGAAGAAGCAGCACCACGCUCUGUGUUUCUCGUGCUGUUGGUUGUUGGUCUGGUUUCUGGAGUUUUACUGAUUAUUCUCCUGCUGCUGUUUCUGUGUCGCUACAGAAAGUCAAAAGCUUCAAGCCUCAGCAGGUUGGUACAAGCCUCUCUUCUCACUCUGAACAUGGCAGCAGGACUUUACAUGUUCCUCAUUCAAUCCUCUGUAUUUACUUCAUGUUUUGGAUCCGCAAGGUCUCAGAGCACCAAUCAGAGCCCAGCUACAGACCACAUGAUCAACCUGGGUGAAUCUCAAGCCAGACAUUACGCUUCUCUUCAUCCUGGUGAUUCUUCUGUCUAUGAAACACUCAGAGGCUCUGAAGAACCUGAACAUGGGACGAAUGAUGAACCAGAGGAGAGAGAUUACCAAAAUGUGACGAUGUAACCAGCUGCAGAUGAACAAAACACCUGCAUGGAUGACGACAUGAAAAACCACAUCUUUGUCUUUUGAGUAAUCAUUGAAUGAACUUCUUUCCUGGUAUGAGAAAGUAUUUUGUAGUUAUAAUACAUAUACAUCAUAUGUCUUAAAAAAGUUUAGUGGGUGAAAAUAGUUGAUUAUUACAUAUACUCAUUCAAAUGUUGAUUGUGCACUGUACAUGUUUUCUGCUCUGUCACUUUUUUUUAAUGGAGGCUUGUUUGAAAAGCAAGUUUUUGAGCUUCAGUACGUUGGUGAUAUUAUUCAAUAUAUCUUUUUUUAUUUCUGAUUCAUUUAUUAAACAUUUGAGCUUAUCUUUUUAACAGUUUUAACAGGGGCUAUUUGUGUUUUAUCUUCACCUGUUUGUAUUUAACACAUUUUCUAAUGUUUAAUCUUUUUAUGCAACAAUAAACUUGCAGCUCUAAGCAGUGUUUCUAAUAAAUUACAGGGAACAUAUAUGUCCACAUGUUCCUCUUGCAUUCAUCUAGAAACAAAUUAAAAUGUCUGUUAAAGUAGUUACUAGUUAAAUAUCUUAAAGCUGAAUUCUUUAACUUUCUACAUAUUGUGUUUGAUAAAAAGUUGUAUGUGAAGUAUUUGACCUGCUCAUGUUUUUAUUGGAAUCUUUAACAGGAAUAGAUCACAGCAAUGUAAAUAAGAUAUUACUUCAUUCUUAAAGGAAAUGGUAAGAUAUAACCGCUAUAGACGCACCCUUGUUUUAAUC